AUGACGUUGAAGACUGCCUCCCGUUGUAGACAGUCCUCGUCUCUCCUCCGUUUCCCUCCUCUGUCUAUUCCUGCGCCUGUCGAAUCCAAGAGUUCACACAUAAGCCUACACGCCAAGAAAACAAAACCAUUGGUGCUCCUUCUAGAACUUGCAGUUCCAUUAGCUCCUCGCCGGCCGUGGUGCCUGCUAGCGCAGAUACCCGAUCCUAGCUGUUCUUCAGGAAGCUCCAUGGCUACUGUGGGCGAAAGCUCUUCGGCUGCGGCGACAUCCAAGCCAGUGGUGGUUAGGGUCAAACGGAAAUCCUCUCAGUCACCAGUUGACGCUUUCUGGCUGGAAAUCAGUGAGAGGCCAUUGAAGCGCCCUCUGGUGGAUUUUGCGAAUCUAUCUAUCUCAGAUAACGCCACUCAGAAGGAGGAAUUGAAUUCCAAGAAGGUUUUUGUUCAGCAUGUGGAGACAAUAAGCAUCCCUGAGGUCACCUUUGAUGUUGUGCACUUUUUCGUGGACUCUGGUUCUAGUGGUGCAUCUGAUUGUAAAUCAAAAAUUGUGGAACGGAAAGAGUUAUUGAAGAAGGACAAUAAACAAGACCAGCUGUUGCUUAAAGCUAAAGAAAAGCAUGAGUCUACUGCAAAAAAUGCCCGAUUUGAACAAAUAUGGAAGAGCAGGAGGGGAAACAAGGAAUCAGUGCAUGCCAAAGCAUUACAAGAAAUAUGCCACUUCUAUGAUGUUGUUCGUGUUGAUGAAGAGAAAAAUAACAAGGCACAGCAAGAACAUCUGCCGGUGGAGGACCAAAGACUUUUGCAUAGUUACCUCCCUUUACUAAAAGAGUUUAUUCCUGAUGCUGCUGCGGAGAUUGAAUCUGACAUGCGUGCUCAUUAUGAACAAGAUGAUUACGUUUAUGAUAUUUACGCUGUGAACAAGGAGACGGACAUCACUGUUGAAGAUACGUCAUAUUCUUAUCCUCUAGUUCAAGUUGAUGAAGAGGAUUAUUAUGAUGGGCCUGAAGAGUCAGAUUAUGAAAGUGAUGACUCAAAUGCUGAAAACAAUCCAUUGAAUGAUUAUCCGGACGAGAUAUCUGAAGAGGAAGAUGAAGGAAAUGAAGCCUCCAAUAAUGAUUCAGAUGAACGUGAAAGCAAGAACGCUAGUGAUGAAUCAUCAGAGGAGGAUUUUCGUCACAUUUUUUCCAAAGAUGAUGAGUACUUUAAUGAUCAGUUUGAUGCAGGCAACCACGGUGACGAAAAUUUGAGGUGGUCUUGUCGAUAAGUUUGCUUUAGCUCCACAUUUUUUGGGACAUCCAAGCGGUUGUCCGGUCCGGGACAAUGUAACAGUAAAGUACAUCAAAAUUGGUAUUCAUGGACGUGCCUGUAAAUUGUAGAGGAACAGAUUUAGAGCGUGUCCCGGUUGGAGGUAUCAUAAGUGUAGACUAAGACAAAUUCCCUCUCAUAUUUUUCUUGUAUUCUGUAAAUUAUGUAAAUUAUGAUACUGCUUAUAAUUUCCUAUUGAGUCCUAACACAACAAAGGAAAUGCGCAUGAUUUACUAUUUUCAGAAA